AGUGAGUAGUUAUUUCAGUGGCACAAGCAAGACGGUCUCGGAGCUGAGCAGUUCUUAAAAGGAUCUGUAUUUUUUGACAUCUUGAGGAAUUUAACGGGAUACAAAGAUUCCAGCUACCCCUCAGUGGAUUAUCACCAUUAUCAGGAUGAAACUGGUUUCCUUCGCUUUGCUCUACCUGGGCUCCGCCGCUUUCUUCGGGCUGGAGGCUGCCAAGCUGGACAUUGCAUCAGACUUCAAGAGAAAGUGGGCCACCUGGGCACUCAGUCGAGCCAGGCGGGACGCGAAGUUCCCCGCCGCGACGCUCAUCACGGGACAAGCAGCUGAUGCAAACGUGCCGUCUCUGAUCCGCACCCAGGACGUGAAAGGCGAGCCCGGAAUGGCGCAGCCCAGCCGCCCUGAGGAUGCGCACAUCCGCGUGAAGCGCUACCACCCGAACGCCAGGGGCUUCGUGCACUCCGUAAACCUGCGUAUCGGCUGCAGGUUAGGGACUUGCACCGUGCAGAACCUGGCGCACCAGAUCUACCACCUAACCGACAAGGACAAGGACGACUCCGCCCCCGCCUCGAAGAUCGGCGCGCAAGGUUACGGCCGCAGGCGCCGCUCGCUGUCGGACACUCUUGCCGCCGCUGCUAGCGCUGCCUUGGAGAGGAGAAGCAGCAGCAGCAGCGGUCGCAGCACAAGGACACUCUCUCGCUUGCUGAGAUCAGGCGCCUCUUGGGGUCCGGCCGCCCAGCCCUGGCAUGCGCCGCCGCACAGCUCCCCCUUUCGCAGGAGAUAGGCAUCGCAGCAGCUGCCGAAGCGAACGCUCCCCCGGUUUCAUCAGGGAAGCCGCGUAGCAGCAAGAGAUUUCCGGCAGGGACGGGAGACUGCAUGGACUAUGCUUGAAGAAAAGAGGCAUUGCUCCUGCUUCGUGAUGUUGUGAAAUUAACACUGCAGGACAAACACUACCGGCACUCUUAGGCCACCCUCUCCCUUAGUCCGCCCUCUUUUCUACGGUGAGCUCUCGGUGGAUCUGACUUUUCCCUUGCUCGGGUUUGACUGCUUUCCCCUCCCCCCUUCUCGGCAGGGAAUUGGCUACUCGCAAGUCCCUAUUUGGCAGGGACUGCUUUAUACUUGAACGGCCUGGCCAGGCGAAGUGCAAUGGACAAUGUGUGAGGAGGAAUGAAAGCGGCUGGGUGGAUGUUCCAGCGUGAAAGUUAACUACGCAUAUUUAAUUUGUUUCCUUUCCUUGUAUUCUUUUUUUUUUAAAAAUCAGAGUUAUUUUUAUAUGUUAUAUAUAUAUAUGAGUGUGUGUGUGUAUAUAUAUAUUGCAUAUGGGCAUUGUUUUAAAGAAAAAGUCCCUGGAUUCUGUUUUUAAAUAUUUGAAGAUGUCAGUCUUUUAAUUUGGUCUAUGUCUAAUUGCCUCUGUCCCCCCCCCCUUUUUUUCUUUUCUCUUUCCUGUUUGUUUUUUUCCACAUUCCAAACCGGUAAAAAGAGAAUGUACAUCUUCAGGGGCAAUGUGUGCAAAUAAAAUAAAUACUAUUAAACAAA